AUGGAUGAGUGGUUCACCGUGCGGCCUUUCUGCUUAAAGCUGCUGAGUGUUUGUUUGCUGGUCAGGGCGGCUGGGGUGGCUGGCUGCUCCUCGGAAUGCAGCUGCACCCAGUUCCUGACCAACUGCACAGGGAGUCACCUCCGGCAGCUCCCCGCUGGGAUCCCGCUCAGCACCCAGCAGCUCAUCCUGUCAGACAACAACAUCUCCAUCCUGCCCCCGCUCGCCCUCAACUACCUGGGCGGCCUGCUGUACCUGGACUUCAGCAACAACUCCCUCACUGAGAUCUCGCACAGCUCCCUGCUCAACCUGAAGAUCCUGGUCUACUUGGAUCUCAGCCGCAACCAACUGCGGAGGAUCACCCACCUCACCUUCAGGUCCCUGACCGGUAUGGUGGUGCUGAAGGCCAGCCGCAACAAGGAGCUAGACUUCAUUGACAACCGUGCGUUCUCCACAAACCAGAAACUGCAAGAGCUUGACAUCAGCGGCAAUGGGCUGACUUUCAUUGAUGCCAGCAUGUUAGAAGCACUUCCCCACUUGCGCUCUGUGCGCCUGUCUGGGAAUCCUUGGACCUGUAACUGCAGCACUCAUUUACUGAUGGCUCACUUCAACAGAUUCAAAAGGAAAGAGCUCAAGCGUUAUCGUAAACUUCGUCGGGCCAUCUCAUUUAAAUACUCAAAGCGGCCUAAUGUGAUGACUCAGGAACACAUUGCCAAAGCUAAUACAAAUAUAGGUGUUCAUGCAGGAACAAAACACAGUGGAUGA